UUUUUUACAAUUGUUUAUUUACAUCUAUUGAUAUCUGAAUUUAAUGAAUGUAUUCCUUAUAAUACUAUAUAUAAUCUGAAAUUCGUUUUCUAACUGGACCUUACCACUUCUUGUAAUUGGUGACUUUAAAUUGUUUUCAAAGCCUUUUGAAAAUCUGUGUUAUUAAAACUUUGAAAUGGAUUCUUUACAAAAAACAUGUUUAACUUGCCUUGGUAAAUCCACCGAAGCAAAAAAUCUCAAUCAAAUUCUACUAGAUGAUCUUAAAAUAUUGGAAAUACUACGCAAAAUUGUUCCCACACUUUGGGAAAAUCCAGAAAUCUCAAUGCCGGAAUGGAUAUGUGCACAAUGUUUGGAUAAAUUGAUCAUAUCUUAUACAUUUCAAAAGCAAUCUUUGGAAUCGCUACAAAAUUUAUAUAAAUUGUGUUCGGAAAAUUAUGCAAAAAAUGAGAGCCAGGAAUAUGUAUAUAAACAGGAAGUCAAAAUCGAAUGUAAAGAAGAUGUUAGUGAUGCCGGAGAUACAGAGGGAACACUAGCCGAAAAUAAAGAUUAUCUAGAAAUACAAAUUGAUAAUGGAGAACACAGUUUAAAUGAAUUGAAUGAGACAAAGGAAAAAGUAUCUGAAAACCAACUAAUAUUAACUCAGUCCGAAAAUAUAACCGAACCAAAAAAUGACUCAAUACCACCAAUGGCAUCAAAUCAAUGUAGAUUAUGUAAAAAACUAUUUAAAAAUCCUCAAGGAUUAGCUUUACAUGAAACUAAAGCACAUUUUAAAAACUUUCCUUACAACUGUGAUAAAUGUGACAGAGGUUUCGAUUCAGAGGAAUUCUACAUAAAACACCAAAAUCGACAUUUGGGUAUAAAAACGUAUAAGUGUCCCCAAUGCGGUAAAGCUUUUGAUGCGAAUAGUACCUUAAAUCAGCAUUUAAUCUCCCAUUCUAAAGCCACUCCUCAUCUCUGUACAAUUUGUGGCAAAAGUUUUAAUCGUUCUGGUACCUUAAAACAGCAUACUCUACGACAUGGAGACGAAAGACCCUUUCAAUGCUCAGUAUGUCCCAAAAGCUUCAAGUGUCUAUCCGACCAAAUUAAACACAUGUCCAAACAUAAAGAGGAAAAGCGCUAUGAGUGUGAUAUUUGUGAUGCACGCUUUGCCACACAUACUUCGCUGUCGCAUCAUAAACUUGUUCACACGGGUGAGAAACCUUUUAAAUGUGAUCAAUGUGAUAAAUGUUUUAAUUCCGUAGCUAACAUGAGACGCCACCAGAGAUUGCAUACCGGUGAAAAACCUUAUAAAUGUCAAUAUUGUGAGAAAGCUUUCUGCCAAAAUAGUGAUAUGAAAAAACAUACAAGACGUGUGCAUAAAAACGAAAAAUCUGAGCCAGGUGAAGAAAUAUAAGAGCAGUGUUCUGAGUUUUAGAACCAACGUAAUUUUAAAAUAUAAGUAUUUUACUUUCAUACUGGGAAUAGGAAAAUAAUUAAAAAUUAUUUAUGAUUUUAUAUGACAAUUUUAUACUGCUAGAAAGUUUUUUUAAUUUUGAUCUAAAAGUGUUUGAAUUGAAAUAAAACAUGCAGUAU